UCGAAAAAAAGAGUACCGGCCAUCGCGAAUUCAUUUCUCCCAUGGCGUGUUGCACGCGUCAUGUGUCGCCAUGGCUCCGCGGACGGGGAGUGGCCUUUGGCCGAGAACUGCCGAGCUGGCAGCCGGCUCCCGGGGUACGUGGGUUCAUCCGGCACCCGGUGAAGGCACAAGGUCACAUCAUGGGGCACAAGAUGGAGGUCAUCCAGGGGUCGCGGAAGAGACCCUCGUAUAUGCCGCCGAAGUUCCCGAAGCAUCCUCUGCAGGACAUCGAGACGAACAUGAACGAGGUUGUCACCUAUGGCGACCUGAAGCUGCGUUGGCAGUGGACAACCCGAUUCUCCACCAGCCGCAUGACGGUGGCUCGUCAUUGGAAGCCGCAGCGGACGGAAUUCCCGCGCAACAAGCCGACCUGCGCUUUUGUGUGGCACAAAGAUAUGCCGCACAGGACGCCUCAGGCAGAGCUGCCUGAGGUGGAGCACUUCGCAAGGAUAAAGAAGCAGGAGCUCUUCUGCGUGUUCAAGAGCAGCGUCUUCCACCAGCACAAGGUCCAUGUUGGAGACAUUGUGCAGGCUGAGAAGCUGCAUCGAAGACAAGCAGGAGAGAAGGUGGUCUUUGGCACGGUGCUGCUGGCGGGCUCCAAGGAGUUCACCAUCUUGGGCAAGCCGACGGUGCCAUAUGCAAAGGUGCAUGCCACCAUCGAGCAGCAGACCCUGACCAGGGAGUCCCUGGUCUUCUGGUACAAGCCGCGGCGGAAGCAGUCGCACUUCUAUCGGCGCCGGCAGUAUGUGACGAUGCUUCGCAUUGACGAUAUCGUGCUGUCACCCGAGGAGGACUCCGCGGAUCCCCCGCUGCCGAAGCCGGUGCGGCUUUUGGACCUGUGGGCCAACAGGUGGCUGGACCCUGCCGAGAAGGAGGGCAUCGAGAUGACGCAGGGUGAGGACGGGGCGCUUAUUCCCAAGACUGCGCUCAUCUAUGACGGCUCCGAGCACCAGCCGGGCAGCUAUCAUCGGCGCGGCCUGACCUCCUGCUACCGGUACUGGCCGGACCCCGCGGCCACUCACUGGCGGCUCUGAUGCAUUGCCUCGAGUUGGUGGAGAGGAACAAAAAGCGGU